ACUUCACUUCAGACUUCAGCACCAGCACAAUUUAAAUUGAAUGCAAAAUGCAAAUGGGUUGGGUUUUAUCUUGGCUGUGAUCUGGGUUAUAGUUCGAAUUUUAAAUUUUUACUCGAGUGAAAGAUUUUAUGGAAAAACAAAUAUUAUUUGUAGGUGACCGAUAGAUAAAUUUUAUCGUAAUUUAACAAAAUGAGCAAACAGUGUGGAAGGUGUCAAAAAACCGUGUAUCCCACAGAGGAAUUAAAGUGUUUGGACAAGGUAUGGCACAAACUAUGUUUCAAGUGCAAGGACUGUGGCAUGGCCUUAAACAUGCGAAACUACAAAGGAUAUAAUAAGGAGCCUUAUUGUGAGGCACAUAUUCCAAAGGCAAAAGCUACUACAAUGGCAGAAACACCAGAACUGAGAAGGAUAGCUGAAAAUACUAAACUUCAAUCCAAUGUAAAAUAUCAUGCUGAUUUUGAGAAAAGCAAAGGCAAAUUCACACAGGUUGCAGAUGACCCUGAAACUCUUAGAAUAAAGCAAAACACAAAAAUUAUCAGUAAUGUAGCAUAUCAUGGAGAUUUGCUCAGAAAAGCUGAAAUGGAGCAAAGGAGACAAAUCAAUGACAAUCCCAAUGGUCUGAAAGAGACAGAUUUGAGGAAUGCUAAUGCUCCACAGACUUCAUAUCAGCAUCCUGCACCUUCAGCAGUGCCUCAACCUCAAGUUGUUCAACAGCCUUUAGCAAAUUCAAAUAGUGUGGGAAAAAUCAGUGACUAUGAUCCCCAGGCUAAUGUGAUGCAAUUCCAAAGCCCAUAUUCUGCUUCCAGAAAUUCCCAGACUCUCAUCUAUUCCUCUGACGUUGGUAGCGUCAAUAAUCCUCCUCAACGUCAUAUAGGCUCCGUCCACGACAUGGACCCCGUGAACCACAACUACGGCUCGCUGGGGCGCGUCUACAAGGCUAUGUACGACUACGAGGCGCAGGACGUCGACGAGGUAAGCUUCCAAGAUGGCGACCUGAUCGUGAACGUACGCAGCAUCGACGGCGGCUGGAUGACAGGCGAAGUGCAACGCACCGGGCAGGUGGGCAUGCUGCCUGCCAAUUACGUCCAGUUGGCGAUGGCCACUGACAUAAACGCCAUUUAGAUCCUGCAGCUCAUGCAGGAAUUCAAUAGGCUUGUUCGUGUUCCAAAUUAUUGAAACGGUCCUUGGAUUGCGCAGAAUUAGUCUAGGAUAGUUUUGAAACUAGAUAAACUAAAACUCGUUUCCAUGUAUUCUCAUCUUCUUCCUCGAAAGUAUGCUGUGUCUUGACACGUGAAUCGAGGGCAUAUAUUCAGGUUAGGGUUAUGUUGGUGUUAUCAGCAGGGAGAUUCUAUUUCACGAAUCGAGUCGAAUCGGCCAUCUUUAUUCGAUAUUUGGUAUUCUGUUUCUUGAAUGAAUCGUGUAAACUCGACUCGAUUCCGCGAUAGCUCAAGAGGAGUCGUGUCAAUCCGUUUUGUUAAUCUAUCCUUAUCUGUCAUCGAAUGUUUCUUUUCAUCUUCAUCCCAAUUUGAGGUUAGAUCAUCUUGUUUAUGUGAAAGCACAGCUUUGAAAGUGUGUAAUCAACUUAUUACUUCAUAAAUAUAAUGUAUAAUUAAUGUUCAAUGUCUAAUGAUCGUGAAACCAAUAAAAAAAUGUUAAUCAGCCUAAGCCAAGUAAAUUCAUUGGGGUUUGACGAGUGAACUCCUGAGAAAUGGCGUAAGGUAGCAUCUUUGCUAUGAUAUAGUUGCAUAAAACCUCAGUGCACAGAAUAUUUGAGAUUUUUUGUAUACCGAUUCCUGACCUAUUUCCUUCAUACUUUGACCUAUCAACUAAUAAGUGGGGUCUCAAUGAUUGUAUCAGAAGACGAACCAACCUGUUGUUCAAUCUAAAUAGCUCAAUAAAUCAUCUUUCAGGUAAUGAAAAAGGAUUAGGUGGGUACCUGAUUAUUUUAUUUUCGUUAGGGUUGUAAAAAUUGGAAUUCAUAAAAACAAUGUAACCACCAUAAUCUCAAAUUUCUGAUGGCGUUGGGCUAUGGCCUCGGUGCUCGUUUCACUGAAUCAAAAUCUCAUCCCAUUUCGUCCAAAAACCGAUGAUUUCCGAAGUCGAAUUCGAUCGCUACUUGAUCGAGAAAUAGAAUAGGAAGUGAAUUCGACUUCGAGUUCAUCAUCGUAUCGUACGACAAUCGACGAUCGUGAAACAGAAUCCCCCUGCAGGUUUGUUUGUUGAUACUGUCUACACGACCGCCGCGGCGGUUGGAUACUGAUUCAUAAACGACCACCGGGGCGGGUGGAUACUGAAUCAUAAACGACCGCCGCGGCGGUUGGAUACUGAUACAAUAACAACCGCCGCGACGAUAUUUCUUCCUUUUUCAUAGAGAGUACUUUCGAGCAAAGCGAUAGCUCAGUUGACAGUGUACCUGACCACCACGGCGGUGACUCGGGUUCUACCACUGCGAGGCCCAACUUUCUUUAAACUUCGCCGUCGUGUAGACAGUGCCUUGUUUGUGUUCCAAAUUGUUAAAAUGGUCCAUCGACGGCCCAGAAUCAGGUGCGCAUCAAAUUGAAUCCGAAACAAUAUGGGAUAGUUUAGAAACCAGAUAAACGAUAACGCGUUUUCUCAUCUUCUGUCUCCAAAAAAAUAUGAUGUGUCUUGACUCACGGGGAUCGAGGGCAUAUUUAGUUAGGUUCAUGUUGAUGUUAACAUGAAAGAAUCCUAAAAACCUUCUCCACUAAAAUAUUCCUACUUGUAUACCUCCAAAAUAAUGCAUUUAUUCUUGACCCAAGGACCAUUUGUUCUUGAUCCAAGGACAGAUUCAUUCAAAACCAACAUUCUCCAGAUUGGUUUUGAGAAGUUCCAGAAGAUAAAAUGUUCAAAAACGUUUGUUAUCAUCUGAACUUGACGAGGAUGAAGAAUCUUGGAUUGAUUGAAUUUUUUCAAUAAUUCCAUUCUUCAUCUCGUUUAGAAGUGAAUAUCUUAACUUAGAAAGCUUAUAGGUUAAAAUCUGUUGCAUAAACGCAUGGGCAUCCAAAAUUAUCCACGGCAGUCAUGGACAGUUCUUGCCCAGAGGCUCAUACUGCUUUGGACCCAUUCAAAACUAUCCCAAACUAGCUCAUGUAAAACUGAAUCUGUAGAGUUCAAAACAGUCCUGAGAAUACGCGAACACUUCUUUGUCACUGCGCAUGCUUCUGAUGGUUUCGGACUGUUAAUUUUGUGAACAUGAACAAACCUAUCAUGAAAUAAUCCCAAAAUUCAGGACCUAAACAUAAACCUUCCCCACUAAAACAUUCCUACACUUUUACAUACAGCAAAAAUGAUCCCUCAAUUAUCAAUCUGAGUACAGAUUCAUUCAAAACCAUCAUUCUCCAGAUUGAUGGUGAGGAUUUCCAGCAGAUUACAUGUUCAAAAACAUUUGUUAUCAUCUGAUCUUGAAGAUAGGACGAUGAGCUGGAGCUCAUAUGCCCAUUGUUCAUAAUUUUGAUAGAUUUUUUCAAUAACUUUAUUCUUCAUUUUGUUUAAAAGUGUCUCUCAAUAUAGGAACGCUUAUAGGCUAAACAUAUGUUGCAUAAAUACAUGCAAUGCUAUGGAUUUUUUUCCGCGGUAUCAUUUUUUAAAAUGUCAUGCAUUUAUUAAUCAUUGGAUAUCAUCAAUUUUAAAUGAAAAUUAAAAUUUGAUUGGGAGGGGGAGGAUAAAUGUUCAAUAAUCAGAUAUUGUAUAGUAUACCGGGUGAUUCUUCAAGGUGGUGCACCUCUUUAUAAUUGAAGAUAGAAAAACAAAAUUUUGGGGCUGUGUAUUAUAGUUCAAUUUACAUUUUUUGACAAAUCUACUUGCUUUGCUGUACUUACAGUUUGACAGGAAAUGACCCCAACUUUCGAUAUAUUUUUACUUAUCCCGAUAUUUGACAAAUAAAGUGGUUUUUAUUUCAAUUUCCAUUUUUUGCUUGAUCAAGUAACAUGGGAAAAAUACGACUUUAAGGCUUAUGGCUUCACAGUAAUUUCAAAAAUUAUUCGAUUUUGCAAAUGGAAAAGGUUGUCUUUUUGUGAACAAUCAUUUUCUUAUGAAUAAUUUGAAUGUCAUUCUCGAUCGAGAUAAGUAAAAAUAUAUUGGAUGUCCCAUUUUAAAAUCUCAAGUUGGGGUCAUUUACGAUCAAGAUUUUCAUUAUCACGGAAAUUUUCUUGAGCUUCAUUGCUCAAUCUUAGAAAUUUCGUAGUGUAAGGGCUUCAAACCACGGAAGAAAGUAUUCGGGAUAUUGCCGAAACAGAACUCCAUAUGCAGCAAUGUCCAAAUUUCACUACAAUUUUUCAUUACAUUCAAUUCAAAUUUUGUGAUACAAUUUCUGAUCUUUUCAUUUUGGCCACACGAAACAUGGCAACUUUGAAUGAAAUGUCAUAAGAUAAACACCGAAUUUGAUAAUGAAAAUAACAUCCAGUGUGAAAACAAUGAAGUACAAUAUUAGAAAUGUUUUACUGCUACCGAGCAUCAAUAUUUGAACGAUACGUUAAAUAUGUUGAAAUGACGCCAAUAGGAUUGAUUACUAUCACAUACGAGGUACAGUCCAGAGUAUGUACUGUUGAUACUUAACAUCAUAUUUAUUAUUGAUUUGAAGAUUUGUUUGAACUGAUUCAAACAAAUUUAAUGGGUUUCACGUGCAUUGUUAUUACAUGAAUAAACCGUGAAACGAUUCAGAAACAUGAAAAUAAUUGAUGAAUGAAUUUGACAUAGAUGUUAUUGUUUAUAACGUAAUUGCAACUCUUUAAUUAUCAGCGUGAUGAUUUUAUUUGGUUUACCUCACUACAAACAAUUCCGUUUUAUAUUCGGUAUGUUCUAUAAUCAAAUUCCAAUAUAGCGGGAAGAUAAUGAAUGAAAUGAUUGAAAUCGGUCAGAAAUCAGAUAUGAUAGGUAUUGCGAUUUCACAAUGUUCUGUUUAGAAAUCAUUGCUUGUUUUUCUCAGCUUGAAAAAUUUUUGAAUUUAACACAAAAACUUAUGAUCCCAAAUAAUCUGGGUGUACCUUAUGAUACCUGAGAUGUACGAAUAUUUUUAGCUCCAGAUAAUGGUAGAAACUGGAAAAUCCUGAAAAAGACAAAUUCCAACGAGAUUAUAUUAUUAUCGUCGAUUUGAAAGAAAAUCUAUUGGUUGUUAAGUACUGUCUGUAGGUUAAUCUAUUGGUUGUUGUUCAUUGGAAAUAUUAGUUUCAAUUUAAUUUUGAAACCUUUGCCCUGUAGGAUAAAAGUUGACUUCUCCAUAGAACAUAUUUUGUUUUUUUAUGUAGGAUGUUUGAUCCUACUCUAGACUCUAAUACAAACUGUUCUCAAAUUCCAAUUACUUGGAAUAACAAUUUUAUAUUCUAUUUAUAUAGAAUCUCUUAUAACGCAAAACAAAACCGAUCAUCAUUGUGGAACCUAGAAUUUCCUUCAAAACGUUUGCAAGAUUACUCUUGCCAAAAUUCAGUAUUAUAAUUAAUAAACUGCACUUAGUGGGUGAUAGUGGGGAUAUAGAAAAGGUGUAUUUCCUAAGAAAUAAACUCGAUAUAGGUUAUCAUGUUUGGGAUAAAUCUUUCUUCCCAUGUGAAGAUAUCUUGAAAUUACAAGGAAAACUGUAUAUGCCUACAGGCUCUUGUCCAAAUAGUUUAUCAAUAAAAUCUCCGUAAUUUUUUAGGUUUUCCGAUCACUAAAUUUUGUAUUUUCUAUAAGAAUCAGUUCACACAUAUUUAAUGUUCUCUCCAGAUAUGGGGAAUACUAACCAUGAUAAUUUUUCGGUUCCAUUCCGGCGAUUUGCAUUCAUUUAAAGACAACCCUUUCAUUCCGAGAAUUAAAGAUUGAUGUUGAAAUUGGAGACGAUGCCAAGUGCCUUGUGAUUUACACUUAAUCACACUCCAAUAAUUGCACAGAGAAUUUUGUAUUUUUAUAAUAAAUAUAUAUGACUUAGGAUAUCAAUUGUGUAUGUAUUUCCUAUAUGUUGAUGGGUCAAGCAGAUAAUCUCGUUUGAUGAAAUGAUCUUCUCUAAUCUGCUACCACAAAUUAAAACAAAUAGAAAGGUGCCUUGAGAAACGAUUACGUUUAUAUAAAGAAAUGUUAGUUUAAGAUAGUAAACUUUUUAUCAAUUGAUUUAUCUAUAAGUAAAAUGUAUAUUUGUUUUUGCUGUCUUGCCCUUACCUAUUGUUUACAUGGACCUUCCAGUCAUAAUUGAAAUAAUCAUUAUAUACUCAACAACUUGGUGCUUUAUCUGCACAUUAUUAUCCAAAGGUUUUUAUUGCAAUUUUUAAUCACAUCACUUAUUGCUUCUCCAUUUGAAUGAACUUGUUAAUAGAUAGAGGUACUUUAGUUUUUACCAUAGAACUUUCUUUAGUUUUGAUUUCUAAAUUUAUAGAAAUGUACAUGCUUUAAUUUUGUGAAUCAUAGUUAUAAACAUAUGUUAAAUAAAAUUAAUGU